ACAGGAGGACGACGAUCUUACCGGACCCCGACCGAGCCAUCAACCGCGUCGUUCAUUAGCUAUUUUUUUUUUCACAUUCCGCCUGACAGCCGGACGGCCGACAGGAGUGACUGUGAUCCGGAAGGAUGUGGUGGUCCCUGGCGGGAAAGGCGUGCGUGCGGUUUGGUGCGUGAUUGUGUGUGAUCAGUUAGUUGAGAGGAAGCUCCAGGAUGACCGCGGUCGCUGCUAGGAUGGCCUUCCACUUGGUCCUGGUGCUGCUUGUCGGGGUCGAGGCGUUGAAAGACGUCUCCGUAACCAUUCCCCCCGCCGCCCGGAUUAUGGAUACAGUGACACUCCAGUGCAAAUAUGACCUCGAGGGGGAGCCUCUGUACACAGUGAAAUGGUACAAGGGCGGUAAGGAGUUUUACAGAUACAUCCCCAAGGAGCUGCCGAACACGCAAGUGUUUCCUUUGCCCGGGAUAGACGUGGAUUUGAGCAAAAGUACUCCAAACGAGGUGGUAUUGAGAAACGUUCAACCAGAAGUAACAGGCCGAUAUAAAUGUGAAGUUUCCUCGGAUGCCCCGAAUUUUUACACACACAUGGUGUCUGGAUACAUGUACGUCAUUGAUGUUCCCGUAGACGAUCCAGUUCUGUCAAUAGCCAAGGAACUGCUAGAGAUGGGUUCUACACUUAAGGGCAACUGUACCACACCUCCAUCUUAUCCAGCUGGAAACGUAACCUGGUACCUCAAUGGACGAAAAAUAAACGAGAGCUACUUGAAGCGGAUCCCCGCCGACUGGGAAUCAGCCGGGUCCUCCCACUUCAACCGUCGCACUCCCAUGAUCACCACGUCGGGCCUGGAGCUGGAGAUAGACGGGAAGACGUUCCAGGGCGGCAAGGCGAGGCUGUCCUGCGUCGCCACUGUUUUCAAUUUGUACCGCAGAGAGAAAGAGGUCGUGCUGGAGGAGGAGAGACCCAGACCCAGGCCGUCGUCGGUGCUGGGCACCCGCGACGCUGCUUCAGAUUCCUAUCUGUUGACAGCCGAGCUGGUGACAACGGCUGUGCUGACGAUGGGGUCUCUCAUACGGUAACAGAGAAGUGGAAUGUGGAGUGAAAAGUUCUAAAAAAAUAAUCAAACCCAUGUAAAUAAAUUGACUGAAGUGUAAAUAUUUUAAUCAAAACUAAGAAUAGAAACCAAAGUUGUUGUAAUAAUUGUACAAUCUCAAUCUAAGUCAAAAAUAAACUCAGAAGGCAGUUAGUCUAACUGAUGGGGUAAAGACAUUGUGAUACAGACUGUGAAAAGUGUAUAUAGAAGAGAAAUGAACGCUAAUAUAUAAAAAACUUUAUGAGUGUAACAUACAUGGAACCUAUAGAUAUAUCUAGUACUGUGUACAUUACAAACUUUUGUAUAUACUGACAACCGACGCCAAUCAGGAAUUAACGGAUUUUGUUACGAAAUUCUGACGAAUAAACAGUUGUUACUACCUAAGUCAUAUGACUACGUACAAUCAUUUACUACCCUAAAGCUAAAUAUUUAUGAAUGUAUGCUAUUUGUUAAAAAAAUACCUCCGGGGUUCGUAGGGAAUUCAAACUUAAACGAUUACAGUAGUUUACUGGGUGUACUAUAUAAAACAAAGUCAUUUAAAGUGUAAUGUUGUAAUAUGUAUGACAUAUUUGUUACCCGAAAUGUAUGACCUGAGCUAAUAAAAAUGUUAAAACUUC